CAGGGGAUGUGCAGAGGGGAUGAGUCUCUAAUUUGCAGAGUGGAGACGGCACCGGUGGCAGAACGGAGAACCCAGCUCCUAGCCCCCAAGCCACCAGCUCUGCAUGGCGCUAAGUCUCCUUCUGCCUGUGCUGGCCUGUCUCCAGAUCCUUCCCCGGCCAGUGUCCCUCGCAGAUGAAGCUUCCCCGACGCCCUUGCUGACUGUGAGCCCAGAAUAUUCCACCUACCGUGUUGGCAAUUCUGUUACCUUCACAUGCUUAACACCCAAAGGGCACCAGGCCAUGCGAUUCCAAUUUCUAAGGGAUGGAGCUGAAGUGGACUCUGCAGAGACCCAAAGUCAGCUUCCCCAUACCUACAAUCUGCCUCGUCUAAACGUGCAUGACUCCGGGUCCUACCGCUGUCGGUACUGGACACCUGGGCAGAAGAUUCCAUCCAAACUGAGUGAUCCUAUCACCAUAAAUGUCUACGAACGACCACCACCACCGUCACUUUCUCUGGACCCCCCCUGCCUUGAGUACCUUCUGGGGGAACAGGUGAUGCUCAGCUGCAUAGAUCCCAAAGUCGGGGAGGUGACAGGAUACAGAUUCUACAAUGAAAGAAAUGGGAAGACCUCCACCUAUGCCCCUGACCCAAGCGGGGGAGCCAAACUGGUCUUCCUUGCACUUCACAUGGCUGAUGCUGGACCAUAUACAUGCAAAUACUGGAGAGCACAGUCUGGGCAAGAGAUACUGUCGGUGGGAAGCCAACCAGUCUCUGUUUCAGUGCUGGAUCCUCCUUCCCAACCAUCACUGAGCAUGGAUCCCCCGACUGGAGUGAUUAAGGAAGGGCUCCCCCUGCUGAUCACCUGCACAGCCCCCAGGGACACCGGCGAGCGAAGAUUCCACUUCUACAGGGAUGGAGCUGAGUUCAUCCCUGGGAACACACGGUCUCAGAUCAGCACCACGGGGCAAGGGACUGGCUCUACUAAUGUCUCUGUGCUCAGAAUCCCAUGGGCCAGUCCCAACAGCACUGGGAAAUUCACCUGUGGGUAUGAGGAGAAAGUGUGCCAGAAGUGGGUCCCGUCUCCCAGGAGCCAGGCUGUGAACAUCACCGUGACAGCAGACAAAGUUUUCCUGCUCCGGUUCCUGGUGGUGGGUGGCUCCUUCUUCAUCAUCAAUGGCCUCAUCUUCCUCAUCUCCCACUGCUGCUUGUAGCACACAGGUAACUGGUUAAGGCGGCAGCUCUGAUGCAUGGACUGUUCCCAAGAAAAUAACCCUUUAGAGAUCUCAAAAGUCCCCCCUCCCUCCACCCCUCCAGAAUAUCAGCUCAGAGCAGUGGGUUUACAGGGGAAGGCUGUGACCUGUGAGACAUCACGAACCCUCUGAGCUGCAGACAGUCCUAGUGCCAGUGACCGAGACGUGGGCAGUUUUGUCUAGUGGCUAGAGCAGCCAUCAGGAAUCGGAGGCAAGGGUCAGAACUAGAGUCAGAGGCCAGGGGGCAGAGCCAAGGUCAGGAAUGUGGGAUGUUAGAUGGGGUGGGAUCUGAGUUAGUAAAGGAAAUUCUUUCCUGGGUAUCUGGCUGGUGAAUCUUGUCCAUAUGCUCAGGGUUCAGCUGAUCGCCAUAUUUGGGGUCGGGAAGGAAUUUUCCUCCAGGGCAGAUUGGAACAGGCCCUGGAGGUUUUUCGCCUUCCUCUGUAGCAUGGGGCACGGGUCACUUGCUGGAAGAUUCUCUGCUCCUUGAAGUCUUUAAACCACGAUUUGAGGACUUCAAUAGCUCAGACAUAGGUGAGAGGUUUUUUGCAGGAGUGGGUGGGUGAGAUUCUUUGGCCUGCGUCCUGCAGGAGGCCGGACUAGAUGAUCAUAAUGGUCCCUUCUGACCUUAGUAUCUAUGAAUCUAUUAAUCUAUGAAUCGGAGCAAGACCAUGCAACAGCUGUGCAUGAGAUGGGACAUGGAGACUCUUACAUCCAUUGGAACCUGGAGGAGGAAUUGUCAGGAGAUGAAAGCUAUGAAUGAAAAAUGCCAGGGGAUCCAGAAUGACCAUGAGUGGUGGUGUGACGCAGAAGGGAGUGGGGCGGAUUGACCUGGGAAUGUUGUCUGGUUUUACUGAGACUGUCGGCAUUGGGGAUGGGAUAGCAGGAAGUCACUCUACUUGAGGGAAGAUACCUGAGCCUGUAACCUGAGCCAGGAGGGGGGUUGAAGCCAGGUGACACCUUUGCCUGGGAAACUGGACAAAGGCUGGAGGAGGAGCUGGGGGGAGGGGGAGAGAAACGCCUGGAGGGAGGGUUGUUUUCAGUUUUGGGCUGGCGGGUGAAACGCAGGGAACCCCAGGGCUGGGGUCUAAGCUCCCUGCCCCUCAGAAGGACUUGACUGAGGGGUCCUGGCUGUACCUACAAGCUCUGUUUGGGACUGUGUUCCUGUCAUCCAAUAAACCUUCCAUUUUACUGGCUGGCUGAGAGUCACGGUGAAUCCCAGGAAGAGGGGUGCAGGGCCCGGACUCCCCCACACUCCGUGACAGGUGGUGAAGGUGGUUUUGCCGGUGAAGCGCCCCCCAGCAGCACACUGGGGAAUUACAGUCAGGAAGGACUCAACUGGGACAGCACCUGUACCGAGCGCCCAACCCACUCCCUGCAGCACAGCGCCAACUAGUGUCACAGUGGGGAACUGGAGUCAGCACCUCUACUGAGGGCCCCACACUGCUCCCUGCAACACAGCGCCCCCUAGAGCUGCACAGGGGAACUGGGGCCUGAACGGAUUCAAAGAACAGAGUGCCCCUAGUGAGUCCUCCCACGUCCUUCUCGCUUCAAUUUUUUUGCCUCAGGGUGUGGAUCUAGCCAACCCUGUUUAGCUGGGAGGUGUUUACGAGAUCCCAACCCUGGGGCAGGAGAGCAGGAGCUGAAGCUCACUGGGUGAUGGGGCAGAGAGGGCUAAAGAAUGCUCAUUGCUUCUUGCGUUUGUGUUCCCAGGGUCUGCAGGACGCUCCCAGGCAGAAUCGGGUAGGGGAUUUUGGAUCAAUAAAAGGCUCCCAGCCGUUCUCAGUCUCUCCGUUUCACGAUGCAGUCCAUUUAUUGGGUGAAUGCCGAGGGCCAAGAAUUCUCCAUGCUCCCAACUGCGUCCUUCCAUGGGUGAAAGGGUUCUUCAGAGGCUGCAUGCCUAGGGGUUAGAGCAGGGGGCAACUGGGAGUCAAGACACUUGGGGUCUGUUUCCAGCUCUGUGACAGAAAGGAGGUCCAAUGGGUUAGAGCAGGCAGGGCUGGCAGCCAGGACUCCUGGGUUGUGUUCCAAGCUCUGGGAACGGAAUGGGGUCUAAUAAUUAGAGCAACGGGGGCUGGGAACCAGGACUCCUGGGUUCUAUCCCUGGUUGUGGGAAAGGAGUGUUAUUCUCUUGGGUGUUUUAGGGGACUCCUUCCUUGCUCUGUCACCAACAGCUUGCAACUUUGUUUAUAGCUGCUCGCAGUGAUCUCUUAACAGCUCCUGUCAGCACGGCUGCAUGGGCUCCUCUCAUGUGGGCACCGCAUUUACCACAUCACCUGCAGCUGUUUUUGUUUUGCUCUCUGGCAAGAAGCCCUGUUGCUGUUGACACCUCCCUUCCCCCCUCACAGAACCACCAGCAGCUCAGCACCAGACAUGUCAAACCCGCACACACAAAAAACCAACCCAGAAAUUGGGCUUGUUGCUUGUUGUAGCUUGUUGCUUCUGUUUUUUGAUCGGCUCCCGGCAAGCAGGGGCAAGGGGUGGAGAGAGAGUCAGGGGUAACAACUGGCAGCAACUGAAAGGCCAACCAAAGUAACUCCGAGACCUUAUGUGGGAUCUGUGGUCCCUGUGAUCAGCACAUCCCUCCAGAGUGUGCUCCAGAGUGUGCUUAGCCCCUUAAAUCAGGGGUCUUCACAACACCGUCCCAGGGCACCUGGCCCCGUCUGCUGCAAGCCAAGGUCUACGCCUGUCCAACUGCUUGGGGCUGCUUUCCCACCAGUUUCUUCCUGCCCAGCCUCUCUCCAGCUUUCCUCCCCACAGCUUCUCUGGCUUGACCCUUCUUUCAGGAUCCCUGGGCUCAUUCUCCCACACGCCCAGACUUUUGUCCUAGUCCUGACUCUGAGAAGGGAGCAGGGUCUAGUGGUUUGAGCACUGGGGGCUGGGACCCAGGCCUCCUGGGUUCUAUCCCCACCUCUGAGAGAGGAAUGGGGACUAAUGAGUAGCAGGAUGUGUGUCUGGGAGCCAGGCCUCCCAGCAAGCAAAUGCAGACCCCACCACCUGCCCCUUCUCCUACAAACAAUCUUCUCUGUAUACUAACCAGCCUGUUCCUCCCCAGCUGUGUGGCACAACCUGUCAAGCCUGGCUUUGCCCUCCAGGUGUGGUUAGGUAACCUAACCAUGCUGUCCCAGGGCUUAAACACCCCUGGGGUUCUGUUCCCAGACCCUCCAGCCACUGGCACAGGCCUGGCAUCUCCCCGGGCCAGGACGCAGGCCUGACGUGGGAUCUCCGAGAUCUGCUCCUGGAGACGCUCACCUGGUUUCUCUCACCUGGGGACAUUUCCAGCUCCUGGGCUUUCCCCUCACUCUGGUUACUGACGCUCUUGUGUUUACUGCUCUUCGGUGAUGUGCCAACUCCUCCCUCCAGCUCUUGUUAGGUGGAAAUAAAGAUGAUGUUGAUCA